GGCCGCUGUCAGUGGCACGGAGGGUCCCGGCGGCGCGGGGCGGCCCCGGGCGCGAUGCGGCUGCUGCGGGCCCUGCUGGAGAAGGCGGCGCGGGCCGCCGGGGCCCCGUCCUACAUCGAGCACUUCAGCAAGUUCUCGCCCUCGCCGCUCUCCAUGAAGCAGUUCCUGGAUUUCGGGUCCAGUAAUGCCUGCGAGAAAACCUCCUUCACCUUCCUCCGCCAGGAGCUGCCUGUCAGGCUGUCCAACAUCAUGAAGGAGAUCAACCUGCUGCCAGACCGGGUCAUCAGCACGCCCUCGGUGCAGUUGGUGCAGAGCUGGUACGUUCAGAGCCUGCUGGACAUCAUGGAGUUCCUGGACAAAGACCCCGAGGACCAAGGCACCCUGGGACAGUUCACGGACGCCCUGAUCACCAUCCGUAACCGGCACAACGAUGUGGUGCCGACCAUGGCGCAGGGGGUGAUCGAGUACAAGGAGGCCUACGGGGACGACCCCGUGUCGAACCAGAACAUCCAGUACUUCCUGGACCGCUUCUACCUGAGCCGCAUCUCCAUCCGCAUGCUGAUCAACCAGCACAGCCUGCUCUUUGAUGGCAGCACCAACCCGGCUCACCCCAAGCACAUUGGCAGCAUCGACCCCCACUGUGACGUGUCCGAGGUUGUGAGAGAUGCCUACAACAUGGCCAAGCUGCUGUGCGACCAGUAUUACAUGACCUCGCCCGAUCUGGAGAUCCAGGAAGUCAGCGCCAACAAUUCCAAGCAGCCAAUCCGCAUUGUCUAUGUCCCAUCUCACCUCUACCACAUGCUCUUUGAGCUCUUCAAGAAUGCCAUGAGAGCCACCGUGGAGAGUCACGAGUCCAGCCUCCGACUCCCAACCAUCAAGGUGAUGGUAGCGCUGGGUAAAGAAGAUCUUUCUAUCAAGAUGAGCGACCGAGGUGGCGGGGUUCCGUUGCGGAAGAUCGAGCGGCUCUUCAGCUACAUGUAUUCCACCGCACCCACCCCCCAGCCCGGCUCGGGCGGGACACCCCUGGCUGGCUUUGGUUACGGCCUGCCCAUUUCCAGACUCUAUGCCAAGUAUUUCCAAGGGGACCUUCAGCUCUUCUCCAUGGAGGGCUUUGGGACAGACGCAGUCAUCUACCUGAAGGCCUUGUCGACAGAGUCCGUGGAGAGGCUGCCCGUGUAUAACAAGUCGGCCUGGCGCCACUACCAGACCAUCCAGGAGGCGGACGACUGGUGCGUGCCCAGUACAGAACCAAAGAACACCUCCACCUACCGGGUGACUUAGGCCCCCGGGGGUGUCUGGUGGUGCUUGGAGACGGAGAUACUAGCGGGCUUGGGGCGGGAGAAUCUAUCCACAUCACAAAAACCACAUCGGAAGGACUCGAGCGAUGGACUCUUCUUAUUGACCAGUCUGGCUAACGCUCCGCCCAGGAGCGGGAAUGAUUUUCUUUUUACGGUAUGUAGCGUGCAGUA